UAUGGGGGAGUGUGUGCGCGUGUGUGUUGGGGGGUGUACAGUGUUCACUCUUCAUAGCGGCGGUGACGUCAUCGAGUGCGCUCCUCUCCUAGCGCGCUGGUUAAAAAGAAGCAGAAAGGAGCAAAAAGAAACAUGUGAGCGGUCGGAGAGCCUGAGAAAGACGGAGAAGGAGACCCGCACGAAGACAGAGAGACGACGAGAGCGAGCGAACAGCCCAACGCACCUUCCACUGGGCAACUCUGCGCUUUUAAAAACUUGGCUGAAAGAUUACCUGGCAAAACUGAUCUUCUGAGUUUUUUUUCUGUUAUGUUUUUACAACCUUUUGGCAUUUUAACUGAUAUUACAGCAUUAGUGGUUGAAUUACAAUCAACGCUUACGCUUAUUAAUUCUAAAGUAUAAGCCUGUUUUAUUACAUUGUCUACACAUAACUUUGAUUACUUAGCAAAAAGGAGCAUUUUGUUUUUACUGUUGGCAUUUUUUUUCUUGAGAAUUUUUAGAAAAAUAAAAAAGGAAAACUAAGAGUAGAUAAAAAGGGACGAGCGAAAGAAGGAAGGAUGGUGCACUUAAAACUAAUUCUGAUAGCUGUCGUUGCGGUCCAUUUUUGGGAAAGCGCUGAUGCGAAAUUUGGCGAAAGAGGAGAAAACAGUCCCAGAAGGAGGAGAUGUCUGGACGGCAGCACGCCGAGACGACUGAAGAAGAGGGAGACAAAGCUGACUCUGGAUAUCAGCGGCUCCGAGACGUGUCACGAUUUGUACCCAAGGAUGUCCUGUUGUCAUCCCCGAAAAAGCGUCCAUCAGAAUCCGCACCUCCGGAGCGCACGGAUAUUUUCAGUUUCCAACAACACAGAAUGUGCGAAGCUGCUAGAGGAGAUCAAGUGUGCCCGCUGCUCGCCACAUGCCCAGGGCUUGUUUCAUUCUGCUGAUCAGGAGGACUCAUCUGACCGGGAGCCCGUGCUGCCCCUGCUGUGCCAGGAUUACUGCUCCGAGUUCUACUACACUUGCCGGAGUCACAUACCAGAAUUAUUUCAGGCCGAUGUGGACGAGUUCUGCCUGUAUUAUGGAAGAAGAGACGGCGGCUUGUGCUUUCCAGAUUUUCCCAGAAAACAAGUGCGGGGGCCAGCGUCUAACUAUUUGGACCAGAUGGAAGAUUAUGAAAAAGCAGAGGAGAUGAACAGGAAGCACAAGCAGAAUUGCUACUGCGCACAGGAAAUCCUACGAGGCCUGAGGCAACCUGUCGGGAUCGUGAACUGCGGGGACGGAUCACAGCGGCUCUUCAUCCUGGAGAAAGAGGGUCUCGUGAAAAUUUUAACUCCCAGAAUGGAGCUGAUCAAGGAACCUUUCCUGGACAUCCACAAGAUCGUUCAAAGUGGCCUCAAGGGAGGAGAUGAAAGAGGACUUUUAAGCCUUGCAUUCCAUCCCAAUUAUAAGAAAAAUGGAAAGCUCUACGUCUCCUAUACCACCAACCAAGAGAGGUGGGCCAUGGGACCGCACGACCACAUUCUUAGAGUUGUGGAAUACACGGUGUCCAGAAAAAAUGUCAACCAGGUGGAUCAAAGAACAAUGAGAGUGCUGCUGGAGGUAGCGGAGCUGCACAGAAAGCACCUGGGAGGACAGCUGCUCUUUGGCCCGGAUGGCUUCCUGCAUAUUUUCCUUGGUGAUGGGAUGAUCACUCUUGAUGACAUGGAAGAGAUGGACGGAUUAAGUGAUUUUACAGGGUCUCUCCUGCGUGUAGACGUUGACACAGAAUGCUGCAAUGCGCCAUAUUCUAUUCCACGGAGUAACCCCUACUUCAACAGCACCAAUCAACCCCCCGAAAUAUUUGCACAUGGACUUCACAAUCCAGGCAGGUGUGUGGUCGAUCAGCAUCAAGUGGACACCAACACCAGUCUUGUCAUACUUUGCUUGGACUUGAGCAGCAAAAACUCGACGUCUGGGAGGAUCCUGCAGAUAUCCAAGGGCAAAGACUACGAACAUGAGCCUUCCCUCUAUGAACUUAAAUCAAGCAGCGGUGCUUUAUUGGUUGGCGGAUUUCUAUACAGGGGCUGCCAAUCAAGAAGACUUCAUGGAACCUACGUGUUUGGAGACCGCGGCGGCCAUUUCCGAGCCCUGCACAAAUCAUCGUCUGGAAAGCACUUUCAAGAAAAGACUCUGUGCUUUGGGAGCAGCGGGUCAUGUAGGAGUUCUCUCACUGGCCACGUGCUGGGAUUUGGAGAAGAUGAAUUAGGUGAAGUGUACAUUUUGGCCAGCAGUAAAAGCAUGACGCAGUCUCACAGCGGGAAGCUCUACAAACUGGUCGACCCCAAGAGGCCCCCAGUCCCUGAGGAAUGCAGGCGGAAAGUUCAGCCUCCUGAACCCUUGAUUACUGAAUGCUCACGGCUUUGCAAGAACGGACAUUGUACCCCCACUGGCAAGUGCUGCUGUCUUCAAGGCUGGGAAGGAGAUUUCUGCAGAAUCGCAAAAUGUGAUCCAGCGUGCCGGCAUGGCGGAGUCUGCGUGAAACCCGGCAAGUGCUUCUGCAAGAAGGGCUUCGCGGGGAGCCAAUGUGAACAAGUCGACCGAGAUGUCCACAGGGACUCCAGAGAAGGUUUCCUCGAUCAGAUCAUUGACAUGACGUCGUACCUGCUGGACCUUACCAGCUAUGUCGUAUAGACACGAGUGGCACACUGGACUUUUUUCCCUCUUUUUUUCUCAUAGGAAUAAGCUGAGGUUUCAUGUUUGUUUCCCACACCCCAACACACAUACAUACACACACACACACACACACUUUCACUCAUAGGAGGGACAGCAACCUGGUCAGCAGGACUUUGGUCGACGGUUUCAAAAGUGCACGGAUUCAAUGGCGGAAUGCGUUUUAGAAGUGCAUGAACUCCUGGACUUGGAACUCCUCAAACCGUACGUCAAAAGCAGCUUUCCCUAACGUGUGCUCCGACACUCCUCUGGUUGAAGAUCGGGCGGUUUCAGGCUUUCAUUGAGGCGUUUUUUUCCUCACAUUCAGCCUAAAGCCACAAUUCUGUGCACAUGCGGGACUCUUUCAGGAGCAAAUACAGUUGUGUUGGAAAACGUGCAGCUUUCCAAUGUCGGACCUUUCUUUCUUUUUAUUUCUGGAAUGUACAAAAGGGUUUCACGCCUCACAGUUGGAAAUUCAAUCUUUUUAUUAUUUUUUUUUUAAUUUAGACACAUACCUUUUAGCUUUGUGCACCUACUGAGACAGGAAAUGAAAAAGAAAAAAAAAAGGAAAAUCUACCGG